UAGCCCUGGCAGCUGAAGCCAUUUUUGGAAACAUACGAAGAAGAAAAUCGAAACUGACAGUGACAGUCACCUUUGAGCUGUCAAUGGUGUUAAACAAACCCUUGGAAAAUGGACACCCCAAUUGUAGCUCUAGCCCCUGACGAUGUUUUGGAAGUUAUAUUUUCCUAUCUUUCCCUGCGUGACCUUAGGAACUGUUCUCUAGUGUGUAAAAGGUGGUACAGUUUUUUGAAUUACGAAAAUAACGACGUGUGGAGGUUACACUGUAAAAGAAAACUUGCUGAGGAAGCACUGAAAUCCGAUAUACUCAGCUCCGUGCCCACUUACAAGGCCAAACUGAGGGCUUUCUACCAUGCAUGGAAUCCCAAUGACUGUUCUAGAAAUAUUUACAUCAAACCCAACGGUUUCACUUUACAUCGAAACCCUGUGGCUCAAAGUACUGACGCUUCCAGGGGGAAGAUAGGAUUUCGUCACGGGAGGCACGCUUGGGAAGUGAUCUGGGAGGGCCCCCUGGGGACGGUAGCCGUUAUUGGAAUUGCUACGAAGGAUGCUCCUUUACAGUGUCACGGUUAUGUGGCACUACUUGGGUCGGAUGAUCAAAGUUGGGGUUGGAACUUGGUGGACAACCAUUUGUUGCAUAACGGAGAUGCACAAGGAAAUUAUCCCAUGCUUAAUAAUGUCCCUAAGUACCAGGUUGGAGAAAGAAUAAGGGUAAUAUUAGAUUGUGACGACAAUACACUUUCUUUCGAGAAAAACUACGAGUUUCUAGGUGUAGCAUUUCGAGGUUUACCAUCCAAGAAGCUUUAUCCAACAGCAUCUGCCGUGUAUGGCAACACGGAGGUAUCCAUGGUGUACCUUGGACCGCCUUUAGAUGGCUAACACACCACCAGGAGAAAAGACCAAAGGACUCAAAUGAAGAAAUGAUGGAGAGAGAUUUCACAGGUCUGUUCCAAAGAUAAAGAUGGUUACUUCAGGUCAGUCUGGUUUGCCCAUGUGAUAAUAAUGAUGUAUUUAUUUUGCGUUGUUCAAAUAACCGGCGAAACUUCCAGUGUUUUACAGAAUGACACAUACAGAGUAAGAGGUGUAGUUCUUGAUGGCAGUGAGUAUCGGAUACUGAUUCGUACUUUUACAGGCAAGCCCUUUUGACAGGGAUUUGCGGGAGACAUUAAUCUGAUGAUUUCGACU